AUGUCAAAAGCAAGUGCCACUAUUAUAAGCACUGUUCAUAAUUAUCUUGAUGGUGAUGUUAAAAUAGUAGUAGAACAAGUUUCUUUUCAAUUACACAUGAAUAUUUUAUCACUUGCUUCAGAAGUUUUUAAAAGUAUGUUUACACUUGGAAGCUCAAGGUCAAAAAAAAUUCCUGAAAUCCCACUUGAAAAUGAAACAAUAGAAUCGUUUCAAAACUUAUUAUCGUUUAUUUAUCCAACAAGAAAUUUACGCAUUUCUUGGGAAAAUGUCGAUGAUAUGCUUAGAUUGGCUGAUAGAUAUGAAGUACUUUCAUUACAUGAUAGAGCAUCUGAAUUUUUAGAAUACAACUUUAAAAUAGAUCCUAUAAGAGCAUUAUUAAUGGCUGAUGAAUAUUCUCUUCGAAAAACUUAUAAAGAAUCAUCUAAACUUGUACUUGAAGUUUUUCCAAAAUAUAAGCUCUCCAGUCACUAUAAAAUUUUGUCACCUUCAACCUCUAGUUUAUUAAUGCAUUGUUAUGGAAAUUAUUUGAUUUUUUUAACAACGUUAGAUAAAAUGGAUUUUAUUACAAACUUUACGCAUACAUGCCAUAAUAAAGAUGCGCACAACAAUGUAAUAUCAGCACUAAUAAAAGAUCGCAUCGAUAUUGUUUGUAGAUUUCCAACACUUACACCCUCUAAAUUCUUCAGCGUAUUUUGCCAAAAAUUCGAAGAUUACAAAGAUACUUUUCGAAAUCAAACACGAACUUGUUCUUAUCAUCAACAUUUUUUAACUGUAUUCGAUGCAAAUUUUGGCAAUAGUAAUAGUGGCAAACGUAGUGAAGAACGUGUCAUAUUAAACGUUGGAGCACAUCCUGAAACCCUUCUUGGUACAAUGUUUAAAGAUAGUAAUAAAGGUCUACUUCGACCUCAGAAUGGAAAUGAAUAUUUCUUUGAUAGAAAUAGUAAAGCCUUUCAUUAUAUCCUUGAAUAUUAUCGUACUGCAAUUUUAGUAACUAGACAAGAAAUAAUUGAGGAGAUGAAAUAUUUUCAAAUACCAUUUGUAUCUCAUCAAAAAAUGUUAGAUGUGAUCGACUAUGCAAAUUGUCUUGAUGAAUUUAUUAUUGCAUUGGAGGAUUCAAUUAUAGAGUUUUGUAAAAAUUACGGUAAAGUGUUAUUUAUAACAUUUAGAUGUUGGGACGUCUUAAGAAAUAAUAGGAAUGUUGAACUAUACAACACAGUGCCAAGAAAUGAAGACCUAAAAAAGUAUCUUAAACCAUUCCAAUACAGUGGAUAUAGAAUCUUGGAAAUUUUUAAUGAAGAGAUUUCCGCUCGUAUAGAAAAUCGUUUUCCUGGUAUAAAAUGUGUCACUGUUAAACACGACGAAAUACUCGAUGAGGACGAUAUAAGCAUUUAUAUCCUAAAAAUUUCUGUUACGCAUAAAACUGAUUCAAGUAGGAUAGGUGGGGGUAAUGGCGACGGUAGUGAUGAUGAUGUUGUUGACAAACAAAACAUCUUGGAGAAUUCCAAUAUUCUUAAAAGAAAAGCAGAUUGGAAUGUUGGUUGA